GGCAUGCCACCUCCUGGUUUCCCUAAUGUCCCUCCUCCUGGAUCGAUGCCUCCAUCAAUCCCCCAUUCGAUGAACAUGCCUCCGAAUGCAGGUGGCCAACAGGGCGGGGGGCUUCCACCCGGACCCCCACCCUUCCCUGGCGGCAUGCAUCCAGGUAUGCCUCAGAUGUCCAUGCCUCCUGGUCCUCCUGGCAUGGUGCCUCCCCCCCCGGCCCCCCCAGGAUCAAACCAGUCCCGGGCCCCGCUACCACCCGGCAUGCCUCCUCCGCCCAUGGGCAUGCCACCCAGAACGCCAUAUGGACAUCCCAUGGGUAAGCACUGGAGCUACUCCUCAAAUAUUUGUUAUCAAAUUAACGUGUUUUCAGCUUAAAAAAAAUAACAUCUC